AUGGAUAGUCAAGACAAUGAUGCAGUUCCUCAACAUUCUAAUAAGAGAUGGAAGAAAAAAGCUACUAGUAGAAGAAGCUGGACUGACAAAGAACAACAAGUUCUUAUUGAAGCAUUGAAAGAAAUUGUGAACUUAGGAAUGAAGACGGACAAUGCAUUUCGGUCAGGUUACCUAAAUGUUUUGUAUGACAAGAUGUUGAUUGCGUUCCCUGGUACUGACCUACGACCUACGCCACAUAUUGACUCGAAAAUUAAGGUUUGGAAAAGAAUAUAUACUGCAGUUGAUCGAAUGCGUACUUUAUCAGGAUUUGGAUGGAAUGAUAUACACAAAAGCAUUACUUGUGAUGAUGAUGCUGUUUGGGAGGCACAUGUUAAGGUUGAUCCUAAUGCACAUGGAUUGAGAGACAAGUCUCUUCCAUUUUACGAAGAUUGGUGUAUUGUAUUUGGAAAAGAUCGAGCAACUGGAGAAUUUGCUGAAGGACCUGCAGAAGCAAUGGCAGCAAUGGAGAAUGAAGUGGAGACUAAUGAUAUAGAGUCUGAAAAUAUUGGAAAGCAGCCUACAUCGGGGUCAGUUCAUGCAAGAACUAGUGAUGUAGAAGAAGGAAGACCAAGUAAGAGAAAUAAAUCUGAACCUCUAAUGACAUGCAUGAAAGAAAUGAAUGCCACAAUGCGAGAAUUUUUUACAAUGAAAAGAGUGCAAGUAUGUGAAAUGAUUUCUCGCCUUCCUCUUGAUCCAGUUGACAAGAUAGAUGCAACUAUUGCAAUUACAGCCAAAGCACAGUUUGUUGACAUAUUUACAUCCUUAAAUGAUGAUGCUGAUAGGUUAUUGUUCAUCAAAAGACUUUCUCGUAUGGGUGGUUAA